GUCUGCUCCACCGCCACCGCCAACGCCGCGUGAUCAUUUGCCGUCUCUUUUUGGUGGUAACAGCGAGGGCGGUAAACCGAGCGAGCGAGAAAGUAGUCUAUAAUAAAAAGAUCGCUGGGAAACAGACGAGAGAAAGGUAUGAGGAGUCGCCCGAGUUCGGUAGGGAGGUACCCCUUGGUCCCUCCUUCCCUUUUUGUCUCUCUCUCUGUUACCCAGCUCGUUCCUCUUCUUCCACAGUCUUCCUUUAUCUUGUUUAUUGUACACACUACUGGCUGGCAUAUACCUCCACUGACGAGGAACGAGGACGUAGAGGAAGCCCGGUGAGUCUCUGUUGGUGCUGCGCGUUACUACACACCGCGGGAACGGUCUACUGUCUUCGGGUGUCUACUAUAUUCGGGCUACCAAGUACCGACGCUGUGCCAACUCGGCGUGCUGUGUGGAACUCAGCAGCAAGCAGCAGCAGCAGCCAGAGAAGCUACAGCAACCGGACUCGACAGACCUGGUCGAAGGUUCGUUCAGUCUACUCCGCGCAACCAAACGGUCCAGACCUACCUACCUACCACUUAUCUACCUUCCUAUACUUACCAAUACAACACUCUGUCUCUGAGAAGACUAUUCCUCAGCGGACCUUACACACACACCCACAGUCACCUUAUCCGACGUUCAUCUUGUACACUUAACAAAUCCUUCGGAUUCGAACUGCAAUUGUGAACGUAAAUCCGUCCAUUACCGGAUCAUCAUCGGACAUCAAGAGUUUUAUAUUUAACAAACCGCGACCUGGAUAAACCAACACAGUUACACCACUUGGACUAAAUAAUUGACCAGGUAGCCGCAAUUGUCUUGUGUGUUGUACUGGAUCCUUGAAGUAGUGAAAUCUUACUGUAUACAUAAGAGUGAGAUCACUCCGGCACAACAACGUGUGAGACAACUCGAUAAAAAAAAAAAAAAAAAAAAAAAAAAAAAAAAAAGCGAACUUGGUCGUUUAAAAUUGAGAAGGAGUUUUGUACACCCAAGAGAGUUUCAACGAUCGUAUUUACGUUUAGAGAGAAAAGGAUAUCCAUAUCCAUAAGAUAUAUAUCUGCUGCUUGGAGAGAGGGAUAUUCCCCAGGCAUAAUACCCGCGUGAAUAAGAAGAGUGGUGUUGUAUAUAUCUAUAUAUAUAUAUAUUUGUAUAUAUAUAUAGAGAGAGAGAGAGAGAGAGACUUGGGCUGAGAAGACGAGGAGGAGAGUCGCAAGAGUAUAUUGAGUCUAUAAGAACCGAGGGAGCGGUGGGAAUUUAUAAGGAUGUUCGCGAUAAUGCCGAUGGAGACAGAGGGGCACGGCAGGGAGUUCGGCCGCCGGCAGAAGAUGCGCGCCAAGUGCACCGUCGAGUUCGUCUGCAAGUACUGCCAGCGGCGUUUCACAAAACCCUACAACCUCAUGAUACACGAGCGCAGUCAUAAGGACGACGUGACCUUCACCUGCGAGGUCUGCGGAAAGUCCUUCAAACGCCAGGACAACCUUAAACAACACAGGUAG